AUGUAUGGUACCAAUAACGACCUCGCUGCAGAUGAUAAUGCGACAGAUAACAAAUUGCUACCUCAGUCUAUUCCCAUCAAUCUCGAAGCAAAUAAAGUAACCAAAAAACGCAAAAAGAAGAGGAAAAAGAAGAAGAAAACCAGAAAGCAGAAUACUGGAAAUUCAGAACUACAUAGAAUAGAACAGGAAACCCAAAUAACACCUCACAACGAAGAAAAAAAAUCUCCUGCUCCGCUAGCCUAUGAUUAUGAUCCUCUAAGUUAUAAUCAGUACAUUUUACCAUCCGAGACGUCUCAGGAAGGAUUUAAAAGGUAUCAAGGUGAAUUAUUGACCCAUACAGUUGAUACUCUUCCAGCACCAGUCAAGAAAUUUUGGAAAAGAAGGUAUGCAUUAUUUGAAAAAUUUGAUGAAGGGAUAUACUUAUCAUCCGAAUUAUGGUAUAGUGUAACGGCAGAAUCCAUUGCCAAAUAUACAGCAGGUCUAUUUCGCGAUUUAUUGCCCAAUGCUACAUCAGGGUUGGAUCUAUGUUGUGGAGGAGGAGGGAAUACUAUACAAUUUGCUAAGCUUUUUGACCACAUUGGUGCUCUUGAUAUAAAUCCCAUAAAUCUAUAUUGUACAGAACACAACUGCAAUGUUUAUGGUGUUCAAGAUAAUGUCUGGAUGAUUGAAGCCGAUUGGAAUGAAGUCAGCAAAUUGAAGGAUGGAAAUAUAAACAUAGCUUGGAUUCCCGAGAGCAUUCGCCGCUUUGAAAAUGAAGAGAAAGUACAAUUUGAUUUUGUUUUUAGUUCUCCGCCUUGGGGUGGAACAAAUUAUAAUCGAAAGGUGUUUGACUUGAAUUCAAUGGAACCAUUUCCUAUUACAAGAAUGCUAAAGCAGAUAAAGCAAUACACCAAUAAUGUUGGGUUAUACCUACCGCGACUGCUGAACUUAAAACAACUUAAAACAGCAGUAUUGAAAACUUUUGGUAAAGAAGGGAAGUGUCGAGUUGUCCAUCUUCGUUCAGAUGGUAGAAUUAUUGCAAUUUUAGCAUUGAUAGGCAAGGAGCUAACAGAGAAUUUUGAUAGUAUGUUUAAUGAUAAAGAAGAUGAAGGUGAUGCAAGCGAUGGAAUUUGUUCAGAUGAAAUUCAAAUUAGUGAAAACGAAAUGGUUGAACGUACCACAAAUGCCUCAUAUGAUUAUCGUCAGGACAGCAACAACGAUGAAGAUAUGACUGAAGAUAGUGAUGACACAGGGCAUGAAGUUGGUAGCGAGAGCAAAAGUGAAAACGACCCCGCUAGCGAUGAUAAUGUCAACAACAAACCAAAGCUGAGAAAGAAAGGCAAAGAUUCAACCAAAAAGGUGUCUGAAGAAGAAUUACAGAAAAUUAUACAAGAAUACGUAAAUUCAGGGAGUACAUUUCAAUUUGAAGAGGUUUUAGAGGACUAUGAAAGUGAUGACAAAGUUUAA